AGGGCAGAGGGGGAUGUGAAGGCCAUCACGGAUGAGAUCUCGGACAUGGUGUCGGCACGGGGCGGCAUGUGGGACCCCAUUGACACGGAUGGCGAGGCGCAUGUCAACGCAGGUAAGACGGAACAGACUGGUAGUGAGUUGCAGGCAGGGCAGGCAGGAAUAGCGUCGUGCAUCACACUCAUUUCCUGGAUGGAUGUGUGCAUAUGCACAGGUGGAGUGGUGUUCCCCGUGAGUCGGCGAGCCCUGCUGAUGCCCUUCAUGAAGCACCGCUACAUCUCAGUGAUGCUGAUGCACCACGCGGGCGGCCUGCCCAAGGACCCCAACGGCCACCUCUACCUCGAGACGUCAUCGGCCUACUUCGAGGCCUUUCUGGACGAGCUGACGCUCUACGAGACUGGCCGCACCAACACUGUCGAGCUGCCGCCGCCCAAGGCGGCUGACCCGCUCUACGCCGACUACCAUGCCCUCUUCAUGCGGGAGAUCAACUGCUAUGCGGCCCCUCAGCAGACCACCCCACCCCACACGGCCAGCACAGCAUCGACUGACAAUCCCCCCGGCAGCGAGGACCAGGCCAUCCAGCAGUAUCUGAAGGCCUGCGAGCAGUUCCUCCGCACCCACUCGGCGGCCAUCAAGCAGCUGCAGGGCGUCAGGGAUGACAUCAGGUGCUUCCUGGAGGCCAUGGAGCCCUUCUUCGCCAGCCCUGACGGGAGCGAGAACGAGAUUUUAAGCCUGACGGUCCUUGGCCGCAAGGUGUCGAUGAUGCGCAAGACCUUCAGUCGUCUGGGCCCCAACCACCCGCUCCUCACCCGCUUCGCCACGUAAGAGGAGCGAGCAGACACAGAUAUGACAACGACCAGGUCAUAUUGGGCGCUUGGGGGCUGUGCGUGGUCUGUGCAGCACACCCCCCUGUUGGGCCGACCGUCGAGUGCGUCAGACGCCCACCAAGUGCUUCGUGACGACUGUGGAGUUUGCCCGGCGCAUCGCCGUUCUGCCGGCCUGUCAGCUGAUCCGACCGCCGCUGCUCGAGGAGGGAGGCGAGCGCCACCUCAUCGAUGACAUCGUAAGUGACGGCACCGCGCCCGGGUCCACACCAGUUGGCAGUGCGGCUGCUGGUCUCAUGUGUGUGUCAGGAGAUGUAUGGGCUGAGGUACCAGCCGUACUGCCAUCUGCCGACCACCGACGGCGAGCAGUUCAUCGCCAAGUCGGCCGAGGAGUGGGGCAAAGUCAUCAACAUGACCGGCAAACCCUUACCCACAGUCACACUCAUCUACAAGUAAUCGAGCCACACACACAGAGGGAAAGAGGCACACAGACAGAUCAUCCUGGGUCCUCAUGUUGAUAUCAGGUCGAGUCGUGACACAUUUGGGUACCCCUCCUUCCUCAACAAGGUGGUGGGCAAGAGCGGCCUGCUCUUCGCCCUCCGAGACGGACACACAUACCGAUUCGGCCGCUUCAUCGACGGCGAGCUCACAUCGCCAGCCAACCUCACGAGGACCAACGACUACGAUGUGCCCGUCUUCUUCUUUUCGAUGUCGGGUGCGUACGAUGCGCCGCAGAAGAUCGAGCUGCCCGAGGAGAAGCA